GGGAUCAGCAAGCUCAUUUCAAAGGCAUGCCACACAACUACAGAUGAAUGCGCAAUAGGGAGUGGAAGUUGCAGGACCUUCAAAAGUAUAUGCUGGAGGUGGGGGUGGACAGGAUGACUAACGACAUUGGCAAGAAGUGGGACAACCUCUUCCAACAUUACAAGAAAGUGCAAUGCUAUGAGACCGCCUCUGGGGGGAAGAACUUCUUCAACCACACACCUGCAUUGAGAACGGAAGAAGGCUUCAACUGCAGAAUGGAGGAGCGCGUGUACGAUGAGAUAGAUGCCAUGUCGAAGGGCAACAAGACCAUCUACCAGGACAACGUCGCCGACACAAGUGCCCGUGGAGGACUACAAAUGCCACUUUCCCCAUCCGUUGCUGGAGAAUCCGCCGCCGGGGGUGAUGGGGGUGAUGGGAACGACGACGACGGAGGGUCGGCGCGGGAGUCUGGCUUCAGUGCAGGCAGCACGGGAGGGAACUGCAAGAGCAAGAACAUGCACCAGCAGACAUUCGAGGCCAUUGCUGAAGUCAUUGACAAGCACGACGCAUUGAUGGCUGACACGGUGGAGGGGGCCAGCAAGCGACAGUGUUCCAUUUUGGAGCGGCAGUGCAACAUUCUCGAGCGUGAGGUUGAUGCCCAGUGGCGGCACUACAAGGCGUCCGACGAGGCUAAUAGGUUGAUGUGCACUGCAUUGCUGGAGAUCGCCAAGGCCAUCAGGGACAGGUCCUGAUCCAGCCUCUGCUCCUGCGUCGGUCAUCCUGUCCGUGCAUCCGCAGGU